UGGGGAGUCCGACGCCGGUGCGGGUCAUGCGCACGCUGUACGAAAGGCUGCCGCCGGCCACCCCGCCGCCGUCGCCUGCAGUGAUGCCGCGCUCCCGCACCAUGGCGUUCGGCCAGGAGCCAAAUAUUGCUGAGAAGAGGAGGGCGUCUGAGUACGAGUUCCAAGAAUAUGAUCACCGUGGAACGGGCUUCUCAUUGGGACUAGCUGAGGCCCUUGCUCCAGCCGUGGGGCCUGGUUUGGCCCCGUCCGUGGCCCCUGCGCUGGCCCCCGGACUGCCCUCUGCACACGCCCCAGCCAUGGCCUCGGCUCUGGGCCCGUUCUUGGAACCUGCUCCGCCUGUGGACCUGGAAGGCGGGUCCAUAUUGGCUAACAGCAGCGCGAGCUGCCCACCGGGCGACCCUUCCACGAGGCGCCCCGGGCCGCCUGAGCGCACUUGCCGUGCUACACGUGUUCUCCGCCGUGCCAUCCACGUCCAGGAGGAAGAGGACGACGACGAGAUGGAAUGGCAGUUGGGUCAUUUCCCCUUACAGUAACAGCUUACUACAAAUCUAACGGUCAGACUUUUCACCUCUCCAGAGAGGUGAGACAUUAAGUCUCGCCAAGAACUUCUGACUGCAAAUUAAAUGGAAAGACUUUGCGCCAAAAUGUGGCGAGACAUAAAGUCUCGCCAAGUUUUGGUCAGACCUGAAAUCCUCGCCAAAAUUUGGUCGGACAAAAAAGUUUCGCCACAAAAUGGCGAGACUUUCUUGUCUGUGCUCUGUAAAGGCCGCAAUUCAUCAUCCGCCGCAUGGACCGUAAUUGCGUCUUUUACAGUGCUCAGACAAGAGAGUCUCGCCAUUUUGUCGCAAGACCUUUUUGUCUGGCCAAAUUUUAGUGAGACGUUUAGGUCUGACCAAAACUUGGCGAGACUUUAUGUCUCGCCACAUUUUGGCGCAAAGUCUUUCCAUUUAAUUUGCAGUAAAAAGUUCUCAAAAUACAAAAAAAAAAAAUCACCCAGAAAAAUGUAGAAAUAUAUCGUAGAUUAGAAGCUGCAUUAUGCACUUAUUCCUGUAGUGUUGAUUCAAUUAGUAUUGAUCCAAUGGUAGCUUUUUCUGGGUGUAGAAGUAGUGGUGUGCCCUUCAAGCGAGCUGGAGCCUAGAGCGCCAGUAAUUCUUUAUUGGCUAUAUUUUUCGUCGUACAAGGAAUUGUAAAAUUGUGAGACUUGUACGGAUUAUUGUGAGUGAUGCAGGAGUGCGUCACCUCUGUCAAAAAACUUACAGCAAAAACUAUUAUAAUUAAUCCUGGUGCAUGACGGGGAUUUCCACUUUUCGAAAAUCUCAUAAAAGUAUCUAUUUUGAAUAAUGCUAGUCUCUAUUUUGACGAUAGUUGGAUGAUAGAAGCAAAUUAGAAGGUAAAAAUUAUUUUCUUGUGUUGGUGGCUGUCUAUGCUCCUGUCAAGAGCCAGUCAAAAUCGAUAGGCUCUGGAUGGCUGUGGAAGACAAUGUUGACUGUUGUUGAGGGGAAACGUUUCCUGUGCUUUAGAAGGCUGUGAAGUAGUUACAAAUUAUGUAUUGAGAAGGACCUAUUUUUGACGGCGUUAACUGAAUCAUGUUUGGACCGUCAUUGUUUUUCCUUUUGGCGGUUUGUUUGAAGUUCAAAUAUGACAAUUUUGUGCUCUGAUCAUUCAUCGUUCUGCACUUCGCCCUUUUGAUUUUAUUUUCUCUUCUGUGUUUUGCUUUUUGCUGUUAAGACAACUUGACAAUUUAAUUGUAAAAAAUCAUGAGUUGGGAGGAGUUGAGAGUGUGUUAUUUUGCUUAUUUGUCUAAGUGUUGCCAGGAUUAAAUAAA